CUGUAUAAGAAGCCGGAGUAGAGUAAUUUAGCAGAAAUUUUUGUCUCUUGGUGGAAAUGAUUAGCAAUUCUGCCAGCUUGUUAAUACUGAUACUACGGAAUGCCCUGGUUGAGGCUGCAGGUCAGACACCACCGAAGGGUUAUAGGUAUGCCUCUUAUGAAGUGACCACUCCUAGAAAACUGCCCUAUGGUUAUGGACAACAAGAACCCAGUGAUGUCACCUACCUGCUGCGGAUUGAGGGGCAGGGUCAUGUGGUGCAGCUGAAGAAAAAGAGUAUUGUCCCUAAACAACUCCCUGUCAUCACUUACAGUAAGGAGGGGGACCUCCAGGUGGACUAUCCUUUCAUCAGAGAUGACUGCUUCUACCGUGGCUUUGUACAAGGCAAGCCUUCCUCUUGGGUUACCCUCAGCACUUGUUCAGGGUGGCUCAGGGGUGUGCUGCACUUUGAAAACAACACCUAUGAAAUUGAACCUGUUCAGGUAUCUUCUGCUUCUCAACAUGUGGUGUAUAGGUUGGAAGAAAAGGAUGGAGCUAUCCACAUGAGGUGCGGGUUAACAGAGGAAGAGCAAAGCCAUCAGCUGGCCAUGAUGCAAACCACAAGGAAUAUAUUGACCCACAGUGCUGCUGGUAAAGGCUGGUGGGGACACACUAGAUAUGGACUGAUGCAAUGCUGGAGAAGACUGAGGGCAAGAACCCAUCCAACUGAACACAAGCAGGAAGCAAGUGCACAGUAGAAUACUGAACUGAACAAUGACAGAAUAUAUAAAAAGUGUGAAAGGGAAAUAUGCAGAUAUAUUUGACUGCAAGUCUUUCAUCAGUUCUUAAGAAUUGCUUUUGGAUGUAAUUUGUAUUCCUGUCACAUGAGCAUAUGGAAAUCUUGUGUUUAUCAAUAAGAGAUAGCAAGUGGAGUUCCACAACAAAACAUUUCAACUGAUUGCUGAUGUAUGUGCAUGUCAUCUGACUGCUUGUAGUUGAGGGUGGGUGAGAGCAUAAAAUACAGUAGUCAGUGAUUUAAUCUGGGUCAUGUACAAUGUAUGUUUGAUUUCUUUGAAAGGCAACUGGGUACUUAAUUUGGUCUAGGAGGAGGUCUGAGAGGGCAAUAUAAGUCAUUUAGCUUUUGACAAGCAGUUUAGAGGAGGGUCUGAGG